UAGAAAACGAACAAUUAGGAAAAUUGUCGACUAUUAUUUUAUUGUUUGCUGACAAAGGAGGAUCUUAGGAUUUAAGGUCAUUGUUUCCUCAAGGUUUUACAGGACCCACAGCAGACGAUUUGCUUCGUUUUAACCCUCUUGAUAUAUUCAAGAAGAUGUUAAAGAUGACUGUCGAUUAUCGAACGAAGGUCCUGCCGAACUAACCGAACGGCUGUAAACCCAAGACAAAAAGAACAGCUGCAUCACCCAUACAAAACCGUUAACCUUUGUAUGCGUUUUGUUUAUUCAUCGAUAAAUAAGAAGUCACCUCAAUUUUUUUUGUCUUGUCCUCGGGUACGUUAUUUUCAGUCGUACUUAAUGGUCUCUGCCAGCAGUCUAGAUUGAACCAAUUUUCAGUUUUCUUCGAAUUUAAAUUUCAACCAGACGUGACCCACAAUUUGGAACCCAAUUCAUAUGGGCGAUAGUCCUUUGUUAGAUGAUGAUUAAUGCACAUAAUAAGGUUCUUUAAUUAGAGAGCGAACGUCACCUUACCCGUAACCUUAGUCAACAACGGCCUUAGGUCUAAAGACAGAGAACAUUGAGGCAGAGAACACCCUUUAUGGCGCCUUUUAACUGUGCGUGAGCUGAAUAACGACAGUUAAACGUACUGAACAAUCUAUCAAAACCAGGUGGUCGACCCAAACUUUCGCAGGGCAAACUGAUAACAAAGGAGUUGUGGAAAACACCUUGUUAGGCCUGAAAACACAUCGAUCGUAUCGUCCUCUCCCCGACACCUUUCUUCUGAACUUUCUUCCGUUCGCAACGCUUUUAAUACUCUUCUUGCGCUUUGAAAUACAACCCUGGCAGUUUUGAAAUGACAGAUAACAUUUUGAAUUUUACUGGUUGGUUUCUCUCUAUUUUUACAGCAACUGGAAAUGGUUUAGUAGUUUUCCUUAUCACCAAAACUCGCAAUCUACAUUCGCCGGCCAACUGGUUUGUCGUCUCCUUAGCAGUUGCUGAUUUUACAGUCGGUGCCGUCCUCUUUCCAUCGGGUUAUUACUGUGUAAACACAACACAUUGCAACAGGAUAGUCAUGAUAUUUUGGAUGGCUUUAUACUGGUUUGUCAUGCACGCCUCAGUCACAAAUCUUUGCGCAUUAACUUGGAAUCGCUACCUCGCCAUCGUUCAUCCAUUCAAAUACAAUACUUCAAUGACCGUAAAACGGCCUCGUAUGACUAUCUUAGUUGCAUGGUUGAUUCCUCUGGCAGUUUCAUUGGCCCUUGUUUUGGGCAUGUUCGCAACAAGCUCCACUACUGUUCACAAAAUUAUGCGGUUGACCUGUGUCUCAGCUUUCUACAUAAUAUUAUGUAUGUUUCUUCUUUAUGCUGUUGUUCGUAUCCUACUUGUUGCACGAGCACAAUCGCGACAGAAAUCUCUUAUGGAACGACAACUUAGAUCUAACUUUGGCUUGACCUUACGCAGAAGUAACAAGAACGAGACAGCUGCAGGAUUUAUAAUUGCUGUUAAUGUAUUUUUCUUGGGAUGUCAUACCGUUGUAAAUUAUCUCAUAGUAUGCCUCACCAUACCUUCUUGCAAUGUGUCUGACAGAGCAGGGCAGGUUGUUAGUUUACUUCUGGUUCUAAACUCUAUGGUGAACCCCAUGGUUUAUGCUCUUUUAAAGAAAGACAUUAAAAAGAAAAUAAAAAUUCUCAUUUGCGAAAAAACCUUCGGUGACAAGCGUAACCAUGGCGAGCAUGAGUAGUAACAGGAAUUUGAAACUUUUUUUUAAGAAUCUCAUGUUAUUUGUCAAGUGGGAUAGAACAGGAGUAUGAAUAUACAGCCAAUGAAUAACAAUUUUCCCUUUGACCCGUCAAAAGGGAAGAAAGAACAGAA